GAUGAAAUUGGUCGUAGUAAGGCUUGGUAUGGUUCUGAUCGUGAUUACACAUAUUAUGAGUUACUUACAAGAGUGUCUGACAUUAUAAGAGAGAAGAACCCUAACAUGGUUGCUGGAAAGAAGAAAUGGUUUGUCAUGAAACUGCCACAAGUAUUAAGAAUCAGCACAAAGAAGACAUCUUUUGCCAACUUCUCUGAAAUAUGCAGAUCGCUUUAUAAAGAACCUAAGCAUGUGUUAGCUUCUCUGUUAGCUGACUUGGGUAGUGGUUCAAUCGAUGGUAACACCCAAUUAAUCAUCAAGGGACGUUUCCAACAUAAACAGAUAAAAACAGUUGUCAGAAAAUAUAUUAAGGAAUAUGUCACAUGCCAUACCCACUAGUCUCCAGAGACCUUGCUCCAGAAAAACACGAGGCUGUUCUUACAGUGUGAGACCUGUGGUCCCUGCUGUUCUGUCACAAGCAUCAAGUCAGGCUUCCAGGCUGUCACUAGCAAGCGAGCUGCUAUCUGA